GAAAUUCCAUGGGACAUUUUAUCGUCCAUACCCUCAAAUGAUCAAAAACUAUACUUUUUAACUAGCAUUAUAAACUAUGGUUUGAACUUAAUUAUGCCUGAACGUUCAAUAAAAGUCCACCCUAAUGAUCGACCAUGGGUUAAUAGCAAUCUGAAAUCACUGAUAAAUCGUCGACAAAAAGCCUUUGCAUCUGGUAAUGUCACUCUUUUUAAAAUGUUACGUAAUAAAGUUAAUCGUGAACGAAAACGUUGUCGUAAGAGCUAUUAUCAAUCUAAAGUUCAUAAUUUACGUAACACUAACCCCCGAGAUUGGUGGCGGGAAGUGAAGCAGUUGUGUGGCACAUCUAAACUAAACAACAAAAGUGUAAAAGACCGCCUCCAUCAAGAUUUAUGGCAGGAGACAGACAUAAACCUCAGUAAUAAAAUUAAAAUGUUUUUAUAA